AUGAAAACCAUUCUACGAGCCCUCUCCUCCCUCAAAGGACCCUUCCCCGUCACCGACCUUGCAAAUUUACCAGCAACACCGCAUUCAGCGUUCCGGCUAUGGCUCGAAGACGCGAUCGAGCAAGGGGAGAAAGAGCCUCACGCCAUGACUCUCUCCACAGUUGACGCAUACGGUCACCCAGACGCCCGCGUACUAAUCCUCAAGAACGUCGACUCUCGCGGCUGGCAUUUCGCCACCAAAGCCACCAGCCCAAAAGGUUGCCAGAUCGCCAACAGGCCGUUCGUUGCAAUGACGUUCUACUGGCCUCAACUAGGACGUCAGAUCCGGAUCAGAGGGCGAGCGGUCGAGCUGCCGGCCUCUGAAUGCGCGAGCGAUUUUCUUGAGCGCCCGGACGGAUCCCGAUCCUCGGCUAUUGCAUCGAAGCAGAGCCAAGUUUUGCUGGAUAGGAAGAUACUUGAGAUGGAGAUUGGUGAGGCAAAAAGUCUUUUGGAGGAAAAUCCGGGAUAUGUAGAUCCUGCAUGGCGAGUGUAUGCUGUGGAUCCGGUGUCUGUGGAGUUCUGGCAGGGCGCGGAGGAUCGUACGCAUCAGCGUGUGCAGUAUGCGAAGGAGAGUGGCGAUAAUGAGUGGACGAGGGUUGCACUGUAUCCAUAG